AUGGCGCGCGAGGCUUUGAACUAUGGCAUAGGCGUUCCAUGGCUCGGUAGCAAGGAUCGAGCCGAGCUGACUGGUCCUGAAGCUUUCCACAACUCGAUUGAGCUUCUGCUGUGUUUCGCUGACUGCAUAUUCCCCAUCCUUUGCCAUUACGUGGUUGCGCGGCGGACGGCCAGUGAGAUGAGCAACCAACUACCCCUGAACAGCAAUCAGGAUACACCACAUUGUCAAAGCCAGCCAUCAGACCGUUGGACUCCUGAUAUCGAAAAGAACCAGUUGUACUACGAAUAUCUCGAUGAUCACAAUGAUGCCUUCAGCCUCCUUCGCGCUCUAUGUGGGUAUAGGGAAAACUCCUUGCUUGGCUUCGCCAGCUAUGUCCUCUUCUCCAUUCUUUCUUUUUUCUCGGCUGCCUACUAUUUCUGGUCCCUAAUGCCUUACGAACCUUCACACCACAACCCGGUAUCGAUUGUCCUGGCCACCUAA